AUGGCCGAAAAAAUAAUUUCUGUAGCUUUCUUACUUGUCAAUUGCCCAGGGACGGUCAAUGUUACCGUAUUCUCUUGUAAAUCCUCUUCUCAUCAGGUGUCGGACUCAUUUUCUUCAUCAUCGUCCUACAACACGUGGACUUCGCUUGAAACUUGGAACAACAGCUGGCCUUCUCCCAGAUACGGAGCGAGAGCGGAGGCGAUAAAAAUUGUUCACAACGGGUUUACAGACGACGCAGUCGUUCUCACUGGUGGACAAUACAGCCGCCACGCUCACAGGACCUGGAUCUACAACGUUCAUCACAACUCGUGGCGACCGUCUUUCAGUGAUAACGUUCCAAGGCACAACUGCCUGUCAGCAAAGCAAAACUACACAAUGAUUAGUCUCUGUAAAGAAAUUGUGAUGAUCUACUGCCUGAAUGGUCAAGCAUGGCUAUUUGAGAUUGGUAGCUAUUCUUGGAGACAAGUACAGUUUGUUGAAGAUUCCUUAGAGCCUUUACCUCGACGGUCACAUUCUGCUGUCGCCGUUAGGGAUUCCUCCGGAAGGUGCAAAUGUCAAGAAUCAAUGUUGGUGUUUGGGGGAAUUGUCAGUACUACUUCGAAUUCAAAAGAAAAAACCAUUUUAGGAGAUCUUUGGGAGUUGCAAUGUGUUGAAGAGGGAGUCUUAUAUCGUUGGACAGAACGCGUCGCAAACAAGGGUCAAACAAAGUGUGAAACGUGGCCUCAACCCAGAUACGAUCACCUGGCCAUAUCAGCAUUUGAGAACACCAUGAUGUAUAUCUACGGUGGCGAAAACGACGACUCGAGCCAAGGAGAAAGUCUUCGCAAUCUUUUAGCUUACAACGUGACUUCCAAUUUCUGGAACGAGAUCUCGUCUUCUCUUCAGGAUCAGUACAAAAUCCAUUCAGGACUUACAGGUGUAUUUGUCGACAAUCCAGAAGCGAUGUUGGUGUUCUGUUGUCAACAGCCAAUUAUUGCAUACAAUCUAAUACAAGAAUAUUGGUUUGAAAUUCUACAGAUUACUUUCAACGAGAAACUGCCCCAUAUAUUAUCACCUGCCGUUGCGGUUUUUGGGUCGGCAAUCGCUAUCUUUGGGGGACGGGCGGGUUCUCUAGCCAUGCCAACUGACGACGUCUGGUACCUCAGAUUGAUCUCCAACCGGACUGCUUGUUGGUUUCUUAUGACAAAACCCGUGUUAACUCCUUUGUGGGGAAGAAAGAAUAUUGUCGCGGAUAUUGCUUCUAAUGGUGAACUAAUUGCUGCGUUUGGGGGUGUUACUGGUGGACAUUUCAGCACUUUCUUAGGAUUAAACGACAUGUGGGUUUUAAAUGUUACAACGAUGAGAUGGUCUUCUUGUUUUCAGUUUCCGACAAAAAUGGCACCCGUUGGCGCCAAGGGAGUUGUCCUUUCUGAAUCGAUCUUUAUUGUCUUCGGCGGAUGUUACUACACUUGUUGGUGCUCGACUUUCGGUAAUACCACUAAAAUACCGGAAUGCAGCAAUACCACUUUUGCUUAUUUUCUAAAAUUUGAUGAAUGGCGGUCUUAUAAACCCGAAAAUGCGACGGUGGCGCCCAUAGGACGAAGGUAUCACACUCUGGUGAAGAGAAAUGAAUUAGAGAUGAUUCUAUUUGGGGGUACAAUAUAUGGACACGGCUACAGACGUUUUUCUCUUGCAGAUUUGUGGAGGCUUAACGUCAACUCGAAUGGAACACUCUUCACCUGGACCGCCGUCCGACCUCUUUGGAGAUCGGGUGGUUUACCGUUGCCCGUUUUCGGUCACGCCGCAACGGUCUUCGACUCUAGAAUGUUUGUUUAUGGCGGAUCAGUUAAUCGCACAGACCACAACAACAAAAUAGCAUGUAACAGAACGUUCUGGGAGUACAAAUUUGGAGAUAACAUUUGGAAAGACGUGACGGUCGUCGGUGUACGAACGCCAGGAAACCGCUGCUAUCACUUCAUGGCGACUUACGGACGACACAUCAUUCUAACAGCCGGCUGCUCAUCGGUGACCGCCGCAUCCAAGAUCGAGACCAAUGCCGGUGAGUACGUAUUUCCACGAGGCGACGGAGGUUACUGCGAGUUCGUGACGGAAGAUAUGAAAGGAGUGUGGGCAUUUAGUGUCGAUAAUGGAAAAUGGAUGAAGCUAUCAGAUCAGACGUUGCCCCGAAAUCAAGAACUCUACCCGUCGUUUAUCAUUAGAAAAGGCACUCUGAUAGCAUUGGGAGGCAGUGUGAAAAAAAAUCCUGGAUUAGAAAAUAUUCCUCCAGCAGGUGGGUUUUCUUUUAUGAGAUUGGGUUGUCCCAAAGGGCAUUUCAGUAGGGACUUUCCCUCGUCACCAUGCCAGGCGUGUUCCAUCGGAACAUUCUCUGAAAUUUCUUCUUCGCCAAAUUGCACCCCCUGUCCGUUGGGGUUGACGACCGAUAGCGUCGGCAAGAGGGAAAUAUCGGAAUGCAGCGUCUGCGUGGAUCAUCACUGCGGGUACGGAUCGUGCCGGGGUGUCUUGCCUGGACCGCAAGCGUACUGCGAAUGCAAUUUUGGCUUUACAAAAAAUGACAAAGGACAGUGCGCCAUGGCCACGUACUAUAUUGCGGGUUCAAGUGCAAUUGCUGGUGUCGCUGUGAUUCUGUUGAUGGUUGUGGCUGUGGUGAGACUGUGUUCUGCUCAAAGAGAACAGAAACGAAAUAUCGAGCGCAAAGAACAAGAACUCGAUGAUCUCACAAACGCUUGGGUCGUCGACCCUUUUGAGCUUGUCAUGCACGAUCGUAUAGACCAAGACUCUCCCGGAGGGUUUGGCGAGGUGUACCGAGCAGAAUACAGAGAAAUGACGGUCGCUGUUAAGCGAUUGCAAGAACUACAGAGAAUCGAGAGAAAUGAGUUGGAAUUCGAGAGAGAAAUCGAGGUGAUGAGAUCCAUCAGGCAUCGAAACAUCGUCAUGUUCAUAGGGAGAGGCACAUUUCGCGACGACGGAAGUCAAUUUCUUGUCAUCGAGUACAUGCCGAGAGGAUCCCUUCAUUCCAUGUUAAGAAAUUUCGAUUACAUCAUCGAGACAACGUCGAAACUGUCGUUUGCACUCGACGUGGCGAGAGGCAUGGAGUUUCUCCACAAUCUGAAACCGCCGAGAAUCCAUCGGGACUUGAAGAGUGGAAAUUGUUUGGUGAGCAACAGAUAUGUGGUGAAGGUGGCAGAUUUUGGGAGUGCGCGCUUAGUCAAGACUGAAAGAUGUCUUCAGACUGCUGUACGAGGGUGCGGUCCUCUUUCCUUAUCUCAACCUCUACUGGAACCAGAGUACGAACUUACUACUGCCAUAGGAACUCGCCAGUGGACUGCUCCCGAAGUUUUCCGCGGUGACGACUAUGGCACGCCAGUAGAUGUCUACAGUUUUGGAAUUGUAUUGUGGGAAAUAUGGUCGAGAAAAGUCCCGUAUAAUGAAGACAGCGUCGUUUCGAUUAUCGAUUUUAAAGAUUCUGUGAUUGCCGGCAGGCGACCGAUUAUUAAUAAAGUCUGGCCGAAAGGGCAGAUCUCUUUGAUGAAACAAUGCUGGGAGGCUGAACCGACAGCUCGGCCCACCUUCUCUGAGGUGGUUUCGAUUCUUGAAUCUGAGAAAGAUUUGUGUGUAUACUGACAGACUAAGUAAGAAACUGAUUGCUCAAGGUUACUAGAGUUGCGCUGUUUUAUGGCCGUGGCUGCUGAGAUAUGAUAGAGACUGUUAUUUAUAGGUAUU